AUGGCAGUGCCCAUGCCACCACCCAACAUACCAUUCAUGACUGUACCCAGGGGGCCAAAAUCACCGCCUUCUCGCUUGGCAUCUGCAGCUCAUGGAGUGGGCAUCGGUGGUACACGAGGCCGAGGCUUUCUUUCUCCUCCACCAAGAGCCCCCACGCACAAAGCUAUGUCAGUUGGUAAAAGGGGUCCGGUCCGUGAGCAUCGCACGCGAAGCUCCUCCUCCUCUUGGGAGUCUAAAAAAUCUCGACGAAAGGGAUUUCAGUACAGUGAGGACAAACUGAAUAAAGAUAGUUGA